CUGGAAAUUCAGUCUAACCCGGAAAGAAGUAGCAGUGCUCAACUUUCAACAUCGUCAGGUACUGAUGUUGAGGUCGGUGUUGUUAGCUUUGAUCAAGCAUUGUGCUCAACACUGGAGGGGGGAGAGUCUUUUAAGAAGAUGAAAGUAAAUUUCGGUGAAUUAGAGGGAAAUGCGAUUGGAUCAGAUAUGGAAAGUGACAUUGAUGAGAAGCUAUGGUGGAGAAAAUCGUCCUUACUUGAUGCAGAUCGAGUGAUAUCAAUUAUGACCACUAUUCCACAUGAAAUUGGUCUCGACGCACAGAAUUUCCACUGUCCAAUGUGCCGGAAGUUGAUUGGCUCAGAAUUCUCCAACUACGGCAUUUGCGGAAUCGAUGGAUUAUACUACUGCUCCGAUUGUAUGAGUGCUGGUGGUGAGGUGGCGAUACCAUCGCGUAUUUUACGCAGCUGGGAUUGGAGACCACGACCUGUAUCUGACCGUGGCCGUGCUUUCUUUGAAGCCAAUCAGUGCCUGAGGGAGAAACUCCAGAUCGCUUCCAUGUACCUUUUCAAUUGUCGUGAAUCGAUAGCUGAAGAUUUCCGAAAGCGAGUGUGGCCACGGAAUCAUUUGUAUAGUGACAUACAUGCUUACUCCGUCAGUGAUAUGAUUCUACUUCGUAGUGGUUUACUGGAGAAACAGGUUACGGGAUUCUUAGCGCACGUUAUUGAUCACAUCAUGCACUGUUUUUUAUGUCGUCAAAAAGGUUUCGUAUGUGAGGUGUGUGAGGCUCGAGAAGUCAUCUAUCCGUUCCAGACGGAGACCACAUAUAAGGUGUGUGGUUGGUUGUAUUAA